AUGUCCAGCUUUCCAGAGACGAUCAAGGCGAUUGCGAUCGACAAAACGGGCGACAUCAACGAUGUCCUGGAGGUGAAGACGCUGCCUUUCCCCGCGCCCACGCCAGGAAAUGUCAUCAUCAAGGUCGCCUAUUGCGGUAUCAACUUCAUCGACACUUACUACAGGCACGGCGACUCUGCUCGCGCUUGCGAUGCGAAAGGCCUGUACCCCAUCCAGUCCUUCCCCCAGAUCCUGGGCAUGGAGGCCUCCGGCACCGUCGUCGCCCUCCCUCCAGACGCCGCGUCCCUCCAGACCGAGUCCGCCGAGUUCCAGAAGCGCGGCCUCCAAGUCGGCAGCAGAGUCGCCGUCAACUUCCUCGGCGUCCACGCCGAAUACGCCUCCGUCCCCUGGCCCAAAGUCUUCCCGCUCCCCGCCGCCGUCUCCCUCCGGACCGCGGCCGCUGCGACGCUCCAGGGCCUCACCGCGCUCGCCUUCGUCGAGGAGGCGCACCCCGUCCGCGCCGGCGACCGCGUCUUCGUCCACACCGUCGCCGGCGGGUUCGGCCUCCUCGUGGCGCAGCUCGCGAAGCGCGCCGGGGCCGCGCUCGUCCUCGGCACGACCUCGAGCGCGGCGAAGGCCGCCGCCGCGCGCGCGGCCGGCGCGGACCACGUCAUCCUGUACAACCGCGAGGACGUCGUCGCGCGCGCGCUCGCGCUCACCGGCGGCGAGGGCGUCGACGUCGUGUACGACGGCGUGGGCAAGGACACGUUCCUGGACAACUUCAAGAUCCUCCGCCGCAAGGGCUCACUCAUCAGCGUCGGGAACGCGUCCGGCGCGGUCGAGCCCAUCGCGCCCCUCAAGCUCGUCGAGAAGAACCUCAAGCUCAUGCGAGGCGCGGUACUACGGCGAGAAGCUAUUCGACAUCAUCCCAAGGACGAGCUCAAGAUCAACAUCUACAAGGAAUACCCGUUCACCACCGAGGGCGCCCGCCAAGCGCAGACCGAUCUGACCACCAAGGGCGGCAGCACCGUCGGAAAGCUCCUCUACAAGAUCUCGGACGAGUAG